CAUAAUGUUUAUGUACAGUCUGUGGCGUUCGAUCGCCUCUAGCGCUCCCGCGGACCAGACAUCGCCGUAUAGCCUACUGGUCGUCUGCUCCAAGUUGUCAUUGUGUGAGUCCACGCGGUCAAUCGAUAACGUAAGCCGCCGGACCGGCGCGCUCCAUCAUCUUUGUUAUCACAACGUUAUCACUACAUUUUUAGAUAGAAACGUCAGUAUGACAGUAAAAAAUAUAUGCUGUAUUGGUGCAGGAUAUGUCGGUGGUCCAACAUGCAGCGUUCUUGCAAUGCAAUGUCCGCACAUAAAGGUCACCGUCGUAGAUAUAAGUACUCACCGUAUAGCUCAAUGGAACUCAAAUAAAUUACCUAUUUAUGAACCUGAGCUUAAUGAAAUUGUACAGAAACAAAGAAACGUGAAUUUAUUUUUUUCAACUGAUAUAGAAACAGCAAUCAAAGAAGCAGAUUUAAUAUUCAUUUCAGUCAACACACCUACAAAAACAUUUGGAGUAGGAAAAGGUCGAGCAGCUGAUUUAACUUAUGUUGAAAAUUGCGCCCGAAUUAUAGCUAAGGUGUCAACUAGUGAUAAAAUAGUCGUAGAAAAAAGUACAGUACCUGUACGAGCUGCCGAAAGUAUUUUGAAAAUUUUAAGGGCAAAUCAUAAACCACAAGUGAAAUUUCAAGUACUAUCAAAUCCUGAAUUUUUAUCUGAGGGUACUGCUGUUGAAAACUUGAAAAACCCUGAUCGUGUUCUAAUAGGUCAUGAACAAACCCCUGAAGGAUUUGAAGCUUUCAAAGAAUUAAGUAAAGUUUAUCUUAAUUGGGUACCUGAAAAAAAUAUAUUAAGAACAAACACAUGGUCUUCAGAACUUACUAAACUAGCUGCUAAUGCAUUCCUGGCACAACGAAUAUCUAGUAUUAACUCUAUGUCAGUAAUAUGUGAAGCAACUGGCGCAGAUGUCAGUGAAGUUGCUAGAGGAAUAGGCUUGGACUCAAGAAUUGGAAACAAGUUUUUACAAUCAUCAGUGGGAUUUGGUGGAAGUUGUUUUCAAAAAGACUUACUUAAUUUGGUUUACAUUUGUGAGACCUUAAAACUACCUCAAGUUGCAACUUAUUGGCAACAAGUACUUUUAAUGAAUGAUUACCAGAAAUCUCGAUUUGCAAAUAAGAUAGUCGAAUCAUUAUUUAAUACUGUGACUGACAAGAGAAUUACAUUAUUUGGAUUUGCAUUUAAAAAAAAUACAGGUGAUACACGUGAAUCACCAUCUAUAUAUGUUGCUAGAAUAUUGCUUGAUGAAGGAGCUAAGCUUAAUAUCUAUGAUCCAAAGGUAGAACCUGAACAAAUUCAAAGAGAUUUAACUAGUACACUUGUCACUGAGAAUCCAGAAACUGUUUUAAAAUCGAUUAAAAUUUUCAAUGAUCCAUAUUUAGCAACAAAAAAUACACAUGCAAUUGUAGUGUGCACUGAAUGGGAUGAAUUUAAUAAAUACGAUUACAAAUUGAUUCAUGAUACAAUGAUGAAACCAGCAUUUAUAUUUGAUGGACGCAAAAUUCUCAAUCAUGAACAACUUACUGAAAUAGGUUUUCAAGUGCAUACAAUUGGUAGACGUUGAAAAAGAAGCUCUCUAUAUUCACAAACAUUUUAAGCAUAAUGUUUUAUUCCACUAACAAAUUUUACAUUAGUAUAUUAAAAAGUCAUAAUUAUUGUAAUGUAAUUGUAUAAAAAUAUGGGUACAACAUUUAAUCAUAUAAGUAUAAUAUAGAUAUUUUGACUUCUAUUGAAAUUUUUUUAAAAGUCAAGAAAUAACUUAUUUAAUUAGGUAUUAUUUAAUUUAAGUAUCUAUUUAUUAAAAAUUCAUUUUCAAUUUAUUAUUUUUAUUAUUGAUUUUGAUAAUUUAUAUUAAAACUUAAGGUAUGUUAACAAUUUAUUUUAUAUUUUUUAAUAAAAAAUCAUUGCAGAAGUAUAAAAUACAUUGAUCAACCAUAAGUGCAUUACUUUUCUACACUUUCAAUUGUAAUCAUACAACCAGUGGACUUCUUUGAGAUAUGGACAUGAAAUACUUAUAAUAAUGUUUGGCUUAUUAUUAUUUAUCUGUGUAUAACCAAAUAAAUUGAUGUAUUCCAUGUAUACUUAAGGAAGAAAAUUAA